AUGCCGUCCUCUCAGAAAAGCCCUCUUUCGUCGGACUUCGCAUCUCCUGCUUCGUCACACGUGUCCGAGUCAGUCAUGAACAAUAUCUGCUACCGGUACUGGACACUUCUAGCGGUCAAGGUCCUCAAACGUAUUAGACCUCGUCACGGCAAUGUCCUUAUGUUGACAGACACGCUAUGCGUGAAGUACGGGCGGCGGGUCCACCUGUCCGAAGCAUCAACGAUGAGGUUCAUCUCGCAACAUACAACCAUCCGGGUUCCGAGGGUUCUGUGUGCAUUUGAACAUUCUGGGUCGACCUACAUUGUGAUGGAGCGGAUCAAGGGCGACAUUAUCGGCAAUGGAUGGGUCAAACGAACCGAAGAGUCAAAGGCUAAACUUCUUUCCCAAUUGAAAAGCCUGGUCGCUCAGAUGCGUGAGAUCCAGCCUCCAGAGGGCAUGGGAGUUGCCUCUGUUGAUGGCGGAUCACUCUAUGACUGCCGUGUGCCCGGGUCCUCGUUGCGCUUUGGCCCGUUCAAAACCGUCCAGGGCUUCCAUCGACAUUUACGACGGGGCAUGGAGUUUGAUCCUACUCUGGACGCCGAAGUCCGGGAUCUCAUCACGCAGCAAAACAGGUCUUGGCCCUUGGUCUUUACACAUGGCGACUUGAGUAGCCUGAAUAUUAUGGCUCGUGGAGAUGAAAUCGUUGGUUUAAUCGAUUGGGAGACGGCUGGCUGGUAUCCGUCCUAUUGGGAGUACACUGCGGCCCACCAAGUCAACCCACAAAACUCCUUCUGGGUCGAUGAGAUUGAUAAAUUCCUUCAACCAAUGCCAGAGGAGCUCAAGAUGGAACAAACACGGCAAAAAUACUUUGGCGAUAUCUGA